AUGGACUGUGGUGUUAGAAACAUGCCUAAUAAUGCAUGCUUUCCACCGCCCAUCGAAACUCAUAUAAAGAAUCAGAGCUCGAACUCGUCUUGUAUGAGCCACAAUGCGAUGACCACAAUUGCCGAGCCCAUUCCAUCACCCCGCCGAUGGUCUCCAACCUACCAGCCUCGGAGGCGCAGCAGACAAAUUCCUUCGCUAUCAUUUGUUCCGUCGCCAGUCAUGCCUCGUAUAGAAUCUCAUGAAUAUUCAACCUCAUUACGACGGCGGCCAGCGGAACGAGGCCAAGCCUGCAUGUCGCCAUUCCGAUCGGUUCGAAGGAUGAAAGAACCUUUUCAAUUAAUGCUCCCAACAUCACCAGCGUCGGUUGAUAGUGCACCCUGUUUUCCCGAAAAGCCCAACAAGACAUCAAAGCCGCCGGCCGGCCACAGUCUGCGAACAUGGCGCUCGGAUCAAAACCUGACUUGCGCAAGUAUGGCAGCGUUCGGUCUUCUACCAAGUCCACCAAUAUCAGAAUCACGGCCCGCAAGCGCGGGGCCGGAGUCUUCAUACUUUGACUGCAAGUCAUCAGAUGAAUCAGACAAUUCGAAGGAGGAGACUGAGACCGAGACCGACGCCGAGAAUACACAGGACGAGGACCCAGCACUGAGUGUUCUAUCUGACGAGGAGAAGAUCAGCUACCGAGCCUAUCGUCCUCCCGAUUGGAAAGAACAGCACCGAACAGACGUCAUGAAUGUUCAUGAAGCACAUUCGGAGUUCCUACGGCAAUGUGAGUCCAAAGAUAAAGAAGAACCAAAAGAACAGGGGAGGACUUCGAUGUCUAUCACGUCUCCAAAAUCAGUCUACAGUGAGAAGGGCCUUUCGCAAAGAAGCUCACCGCGUCCUCAACGCCCCAGGACUACGACUGUUUCAAGUGAAGCUAGCUGGGUACCGAGCAACUUCUCUUACUGCGAACGAUGGUUGCAAAAUGUACCGGUUGACAGAAUAAAUGACAAAGAUACACCUCCACGGGUUGUCAAUCGGCGAAAGGUCCAAAUUGUCGAGAAUGAUCCACCCAUGCCAAAGCUGGAUAUCAUUCCAGGUGCCAAAGCUCUAGAAGAGCCUGUGCGGUUCGUUGUUGCAAGCGCAUGCAAAACGAAGCCAAAACUCGUUGAUAUUGCUCGACAAUCAUCACCUUCCAUACCAUUACCCCCGCCACCAACCCUGCUGCCACAGAUCAUACCUACAACACCAGACCAACGACAAGAGGAGGUGUCUGCCUUUAGUCCAGACACUCCACUCGAUAUGUCUGAUAGUGGAUAUGGCACCCGUGAUUCUGGCUAUUCAAUAGAGAGUUAUGACGACAGCAAAGAUGACGACGACGCAUAUACAGAUCCAGGGUCACUCACCUCGGACAGCGUUACGUCUACUGUCGUCUGCGAAAGGCCCGAAUCGUCGCACGAAGAAAGAGAAGCAUUCCCACAUCCUGAGAUCAGAUCGGGCAGUGUGAGCCCAAAAGCAUCAUCCCAAAGGUCACUCCAUUCACCAGUGGGAUCAUCUAAUAUGUCCGACAAAGAGGACGAGAAACAACGAUUAUGGCACCACGACUGGACUUUGGACGAUCACGAAUGGACCCUAGAUGAGCUCGAUCAUUCCGUGAAAGACUUCCCUCGACACAUGCUCCGUCUCACCUCACCUGUCAUUGUAUUCCUUCGCAAAAACGACGAGAAGGCCCUUCUCAGGCCCUUCCGUACUAUCUUCCCCGAUGUCACUGAAAACCUCCUCGACUGUCUCUGCGCAGCUCUCCUAGCUCGCAACUACCUUCUUUCUCUAUCAUCAAUCCAUCGCCGCAAACCUUCUGUUUCAACCAGGAACGACCCCUACGCUGUUGAUGCUGUACCAACAAAAGCCUAUAGCACGUUGGGGAUCCAGAUCCCAUCUGGAUCUCCUGGCAAGAUGAAUAACCGUGUACUUGGAUCUCGCAGUGCUGACCUCCGACGUGAGCUCGAGCGAAUCAUUGAUAACCUUCUCUUCGCCAUUUGUGGACGGUCCGAUCCUACCCUCAAAUCGGCCGUCGAAGUUCUUGCGCAGGUUCUUGAAACCAAUGCAUAGAAUUGAUCACUCCUUGCAUAUAUCUUUCCUUGUCUCUAUCAGUCCUUCUCUCAAACUUUCCUUCAAUCUCUCCUUUCAUCUCUUUCAUCUCCUUCUCGUAUCCUUGAUUCUAAUCUCCUUGGCCUUCCGGUGAUACAGCGUACCCUCGCUCACGCUAACCUUUUCCUUUUUCUAUCUUGUUGAUCUCUUCUGCUCUACUACAUACCCUUGCAUUGCGAUUCGCUCUUUGGAACUGGCUCCGGUAAUUUUUUUGCGUUGUGGA